AUGUCGCGAUUUGUUCGCCCUUCCAAGUACCGGCACGUGUACGGCAACGCUGCCAAAAAGGAGGAAUGGUACGACAACAUCAAGGUGAGCCAGCCAGCCAGCGAGUCUUUCGAGUGCCAUCAUCGCGUCACAAUGCAGCUGAUAUCAUCCCUCUCGCUACGCCGCAGGUCUCCAACAAUGCGUGGGAUACAAACCUGAUUGCGAGCAACGGCAAGUACAUCAGCGUCAAUUGGAACGCAUCCGGCGGAGGCGCAUUCGCUCUCGUCCCGACAUCCAGAAGAGGGAAGUUGCCAGACAUCUACCCUCUUGCCAGAGGUCACACUGCCACUGUCCUCGACACCGCAUUCAGCCCCUUCGAUGAUGACGUCUUGGCAAGCGCCAGCGAUGAUGGUACCGUCGGCAUAUGGAACGUGGCCAAAGAGGACGUGUGGAGCGUGCUGGAUCUCAGCGAAAAGGAGAGGGACAAGGCAGGCGGCGUCAAGGACAUUUCGCCAGUCUCAAAGAUUCAGGCGGGUGGCAGGUUAGUGAUGUUGAGCAGAAUGUGUGCGCGGGCGGUAGUCGCUUCGAGUCGUACAAGGCCCCCCCCCUUGGGGUUUUCGAGUUGGCUCCUUCUCUGACGCCCACCUUGCGCAUCGCCUCCGCAGAAAAGUCGGACAAGUGCUAUUCCACCCUACGGCUUCCAACGUCCUCGCAGCAGCUACAAACGACAGCAUCAAGCUCUUUGACCUCGCUUCAUCGACUCAGGCCAGCAAGAUCGAGCUGACCGGCUUCACUGACAGCAUACAAUCACUCGACUUUAAUUGGUCAGGCAACACACUCGUUGCCACCUGCAGGGAUCGCAAGAUCCGAACUUUUGACCCGCGAGUGGGCAGCCAAGCCAUUCAGGAAGCAGAGAGUCAUGGCGGCAUCAAGGGCGCAAGGGUGGUCUGGUGCGGAGCGCUCGAUAGGUUCAUCACUACCGGUGAGUUGGAAUUGAAAGCCUCGUUGAGCCUGCAGUCCAAUGGACGUGACUGCUUUGGGUAUGACGGGAUGACUGCUUGUCCGAAGGAUAGUUAGGCGUCUAGCCCGCGACGCACGAAGCCAAGCUCGCGUGCAAACGCGCCAUCGCUCGCGAGACUCGCCCAGCAGGUCGCCAGCAUGCCCUUCGCUAAUGGUCCUGCUCGCUGUUCGUCACAGGCUUCAGCAAAAUGUCCGAUCGUCAACUGUUCUUGUGGGACUCUGGAAAUGUCACAAAGCCUCUGAGUGAGUCCUUGCCGCAUCGACCCAGUUCCAAUAUGUCAGCUGAGCACGAUUACGCGCGCCCGCAGAAACGGUCCUGUUGGACAGCAGCAACGGUGUCAUCAUGCCAUUCUGGUCGGACAACAACAUUUGCUUCUUGGCUGGCAAGGGAGACGGAAACAUUCGAUGUGAGUGGAUUGUGCUUCUGGAAGCGGACAAGCCGUGCUGAAAACGUCCGAACCUUUUCCAGACUAUGAGUUGGAGAAUGAUGAGCUGCACUAUCUGACGGAGUACAAAUCGACAGACCCUCAAAGAGGCAUGAGCUUCAUCCCGAGAAGGUCUUUGAACGUGGAUGAGAAUGAAAUUGCAAGGGCGUACAAAGUCACAGGCAAUGCAGUGCAACCAAUCUCCUUUGUCGUGCCACGGAGGGCCGAAACUUUCCAAAGCGACAUUUUCCCUCCAGGUGAGGGGCAGGCGCUUCUCUCGCAACCUGUAUCGCUUGCGGCUGACCGAGUGUACACCACCACGCAGCGCCAUCAUCUGUGCCGGCACUCUCCUCACAGGAAUUCUUUGCAGGCAAGACUGCGAAUCCCAACCUGAUCAGCCUCGAGGAUGGAAGCGGCGUAAGAGGCGACGCGAUUGUCGCGCCUGCUCCGGCUAGCAUACCCAUAUCUCCUGCAGCGCCUACCUCAGCUGCGUCUGGACCCGUCGCUCCUCCUACGCCUGCCGCUGCCCAAGCACCUGCCCUAGCGCCUGUAGCAACUCCUUCGCCAGCGACUCCAAUCAAGACGGAGGCAAGCCCACUGUCACCUUCGGCGGAUCUUGGCAAAAGCAGAUUCCGGAGCAGGGAGAACGGAGCGGGUGCUGCGCAGGGUGGAGACCGUACUGCAGAGGUGAGUCGGUUUGCCGCUGAUUCGCAUCGAUAUUGGGACUGAAAUCUACCCUCUUGGGACUCAGCUGGUGGAAGAGAAUGAAAAGCUGCGUGCCCAGGUGCAGCAGCAAGUGACGAUGAUCAGAGAGCUGGAAGUCGAGAAUGAGAGGUGAGUGGUGCACUUCCGUGGUGCGUCGAAGAGAGAGUCGAGACUGACAUACCUGCGCUACGCAUGCUGAAUAGACUGCGAACCAAUCAGCAGCGCGUCAGAGAGGCACUUUUGCAAUGAGACGGUGCACAGGACGUGGAGGCAGUCUUUAA